UCAUCGAGCCGUCGAUCUAGAACGCAACAGAAGAACCGCCGGAAAGAUGGGCUAUUCCGAAAAGCUGCAAAGUACAGCAUUAUAUGUGGUGCUCACGCAUUUGUUUUUCUUCGAAUUAAAAGUACAGGCCAGAUCUAUAUCUUUAACUCUGAGUUAGGAUGGCCGCCUUCUAAGGAAGAACUC